UUGUUUUACAACAAUAUUUACUAUUUACCAUAUUUACUAAACUAUUUUUGGGAAAUUACUUGUUAUUUACUAAUUUAUCUAAAAUUAAUACAUAGCUGACUUUUUACCCCUAAAAAAUUAGUUAUUGAACUUAAAAAUACGAUUAUUAUUAAAUUACUUACAUAUCUAUUUCAAUUUUAUAAUUCAAACAUAUUAAAGUAGAAAUAUAUAAUACAUUAUAUAGUCAUCACAAUUCACAAUGAAAUGUUUUUAUGAUGUACUAGAAGUAUCAAGAGAUGUUCAGGUAGAAGAAUUAAAAAAAUCAUAUAAAAAAUUAGCAUUGCGCUGGCAUCCUGAUAAAAAUCUUGAUAAUCUCGAAGAAGCCAAGGAACAAUUUCAACUUAUUCAACAGGCUUAUGAAGUUCUCAGUGAUCCACGUGAAAGACAAUGGUAUGAUAAUCAUCGGGAAUAUAUAAUUAAUAGCAAUUCUGAAACACCUGUAAAUGAAAUCAACUUAUUUAAAUACUUUUCUCCAUCAUGUUACAAAGGUUUUGGUGAUGACGAAAAAGGAUUUUACACAGUAUAUCGUGAGGUAUUUAGUAAUAUUCUGAUUGAAGAAAGUAAUUAUUUUGAAUUUGACGAAAAUGAAAUUCCUACUUUCGGUCAUUCAAAUAGUGAUUAUGCAGAAAUAGCACGUCCUUUUUAUAAUUUCUGGUGGAAUUUUACUACUCAUAAAUCUUUUGGUUGGUUAGAUGAAUAUGAUAUCCGACAAGCUCCAAAUAGACGAGUCGCAAAAUUAAUGGAAAAAGAAAAUAAAAAAAUUCGUGACAAGGCUAAAAAAGAACGUAAUGAAGAAAUUCAAGCACUUGUAGAAUUUGUUCGUAAACGAGACAGACGAGUUAAAGCAUAUGCAGAAACACUGAAACAUAAAUCAGCUGAAAAUAUGAAACGUAUGGAAGAAGCUAGGCAAAAGAGAAUAAAAGAAAAACAAAUUGAAUUAGCUAAUUAUAAAGAAUCAGAAUGGACAAAGUUUUCAAAUGUAGAAGAAGAGUUAAAAGUAAUUGAAGAAAGUUUAAUUGCAGAAUAUGGUAAAAGUGAAGAAGACUCUGAUGACGAACUUGUUAAUUGCUUAUAUUGUGUAGCUUGUAAUAAAGUUUUCAAAACCGAAAAAGCUUUUCAAAACCACGAAAAUUCAAAAAAACACAAAGAAAAUAUUGAGUUGAUUAAAACUGAAAUGUUAAAUGAUGAGUAUCUACUAAAUGAUGUAUCUGAAGAAGAAAAAAAAUCAAGUAGUGCUAAUGAAUUAAGGUCUAAUGAUGAGGUGCUUAUAAAUUCUGAAGUGAGUAAUCACUCUAAUAUAGAAACCAAUUUUGACGAAGCUUUUUCGAGUGAUUCAAGUAGUUCUAAAACAUCUCUUGUUGAUUAUAAGUUAUUAAAAUUAAAGAAAAAGGAAUCUCAGGAUAAUGUUUAUUUAAGUUCUUCGCUAUCAAAUGAAUCAAAUGUUUUAGAUUCUAACACUAGUAGUGAUGAAGAUUUUAUGACUAAUAAAAAAGAAAGAAGAUGUAAAAAGAAAACCAUUUCAGGAACAAAAGAUUUUAAUGUUUUAUAUUGUUUGUCUUGUGACCAAUUUUUUAAGACAGAUAAAGCUCUGCAUAAUCAUAAGUUAUCAAAGAAACACAAAGAAAAUAUUGUUUUGAUAAGCGUGAAACAAAAUACUCAUUUAGGUGACUCAGAAAAAAUAUGUAAUUUAAAUAAUAUUGAAAAUGUAACUGAAGAAAUAACGUUAGAAAAACAAUUUUCAGAGGAACCUUUAGAAAAACCAACUAAAAAUAAAAAGAAACCUAAGCCAGUUGAUAAUACUAAAGUUAAAAGAUCCAAUAAUGUUUGUGGUGUAUGUUCUUCAGUGUUUUCUUCUAAAAACAAACUGCAUCAACAUCUAAAGGAUUCAAACCACGCAGUUUUAAAAGUUGUAAAUGAAAAUAUUAAAAGUAAAAGAAAAGGGAAAAAACAUGAAUAACUCAUUUUAAUGUUAAAUAGUAUAUAUUUAUGAAUAAAAUUAUAAAUUGUUUUGUA